AUGGAACUAAAAUUGAGAGUGAACACCAAAACUAAGGUUGAGAGAAGCUUAGUGAUUGAUGAGAAAUUAGAACCAAUGAGUCCAACUUCAGAAUGCUUAACAAGUGAGGUUGUAACACUUUAUGUUCUUGCUUUUCUGGAACUUGCCAUCCCUGUUGAUUUUCUAUCAGUCCUUACUUUCCUCAAAAAUGACUUCAUUAACAUUCAUCCUCGCUUCUCUUCUAUUGUGAUUGAAAACAUGAAGGGGAAGAAAAUGUGGAAGCAAGUGCAAGUGAAUGUGGAAGAUCAUUUAAAAGUUCCAACUUUCCCUAAAAAUUUAUCAUCUGAAAGCUAUAGUAAGCAUUUUGAUGAUUAUAUAACCAAAAUAGCUACUUCACAACUUCCACAAGACAAACCAUUAUGGGAACUUCACAUUAUAAAUUACCCAAAAGACAACAACGUAGCAUCAACUUUCAUAUUUAAGAUUCACCAUGCCAUUGCAGAUGGUACCUCCCUAAUGGGAGGUGUUCUCUCUUGCUUUAAACGAGUCGAUGAUCCUUCUCUUCCACUUACUUUUCCCUCAAAAACUAGACGUUUGUCGAACUCGAGGGAGAAGCUUAAUAUUUCUCAAUCAUUAUCGAAGAUUUUUAAAAUUGUUCCUAAUUUUAUGUCUUCUAUCAUAUAUUCCUUGUAUGAUUUUGGACAGAGCCUAAAAUUGAUAGUUGAUGAAGAUGAUCAAACUCCAAUAAGGUCUGGUGUCACAGACAUGACUCUUCCAUGUUCUACUAGGGUUUGUUCGGUUACCCUACAUCUUAAUGAGGUCAAAAGAAUCAAGACACUUCUUGGAGUGACGGUAAAUGAUAUCAUCGUUGGAAUAAUCUUUUUGGCAACUCGAUUAUAUAUCAAAGAUACUGCAGAUGACGAACAACUAAAGAUUAAAAAACGAUCAACAGCAUCAAUAUUUGUAAACAUUAGACGUGUAAAAGGAAAUUUAAGCCUAGAAGAAAUGCGCAGACGAAAUACAUGGGGAAAUAGAAUUUCAAAUAUUGAGAUACCACUCCCAAAUUUAGAGGAUGAUUAUCUUUCAAAUCCUCUAGAGUUUAUCAUGAGGGCCCACAAAAUUAUCAAAAGGAAGAGGAGUGGGACCCUUGGUCUCUUUCUUAUGGACGGGCUCUUUCAGGCUAUAAGAACUGUUGGAGGCAUUCAGGCUGCUGCUCGAACUCUAGGGCGAAGGUGGAAGAAUUGUAGCUUUGCAAUCACGAAUAUGAUUGGGCCAACUGAGCAAGUUAGCCUUGCAAACCACCCUAUAAAAGGCUUUUACUUCGUACCAACUGGAAUUAAUCUGAGUGUAACCGUCUCCGUGCUGAGUUAUAUGGACGAUCUAAGAAUUGGUUUAGCACUUGAAAAUGGCUUCAUAGAUCACCAAAAGCUUAUGACUUGUGUGGAAAAUUCCUUUCAAAUGAUCUUCCAAGCUUCCAUGGCUAUGUCAGAAUUUUCUGUUCAAUAAACAAUUUGGCUAUCGAUUACGGUUAAUUAACAGAUUAUCUAUGUUUUACGGUGAAUCUUACGCUUAUAAAAAGCUUUUAUGAUUUCUCUGUUGAUGUAAGGUUUUCGUGUAUUUGGAUUCACUGAAAUCUUGUGUAUAACUAGAUACUUCUUUUUUAUCCAAAUGAGCCAUAAAGGUACUAUAAAGUACAAAGAAUAAAAGGGGAUUUGAACCAUUAGGACCAAAACAUCAUUGGUAUAACUAGAUGUUUAUUACCCUAAUGUUAUUAUUACAUAAUACUAUAUGUAUUGCUUUAGAUCUCUUUCAAAAAAAUGUAUUAUUUUAAAUUAUAAAUUCACCAUUUUAAAUUAAAUGUAACACUUAUUAUUUCGAGAAGUUCCGAUAUAAAUGCAAUAUUGCUUUCUA